AUGGACCCUGACAUGCGGUCAUACCUGGGGAAGCCCGGUCGCCCGAUGACCGGCUUCACACCCGUUGACAACGCCACCAAGGGGCUCCUGCACUCCAUCAGCCGCUACGCCGGCGUGGCCCUCCAGAACGCAACAUUCAUCAAGGCGGUUUUUGACUACAUGACUGUGCCGGGGAAGGCCUGGACCGCCACAGAGUUGCACGAGGCGGCGCCGCUGGAGCUGGCGACGCUGCUGUGA